CGACAAAUUCGACGUCAUGGCCAACGACAGCGAGGACUCGCUGGAUGUGCACUUGAAGACAGCACAUGGGACAAAGAUCCUUGCAUCCAUUGCGACCUCUACAACCCACGACGACAUCUCUCUCCAGGCACAAGCCCUUCGCAUCCUCAGUGAAAAUGCGCAUGUGCCGAACGUCGCAGAUGUCUGGGAGAUGAUCCUCCCUUACGUGCUAGCAUCUCCAGCGCUAGUUGAUGCUGACUCGGAUCUUCAUCUUGUCAUGUGGCGGUGUCUCGCCGAGUGCGCCGAAACGGGUGUCCCAUUGUUGCCACGAUUGUGGUCUUCGCGUCGGGAAAUCCUCGACGCUGCCAUGUCGAUUCACGACGCGCCGUUGCAUUCCACAUCUCUCGUCGCGCAUUCCCUCGUGGCACUGGUCACCUCAGUCUCACAGCACCGCCCUUCACUCCUCGCAGACGCCUCCACCACGGGGCCGUUCGCCGGUCUUGGGAACGCGUCUGACGAUGGCCUUAGCUUUGUGCACCAAGUGAAGCUGUGGUACGUGCUCACGAACGAAGCGGCGCUCUUCUCGACGUUGGCCCACGUCACAACCUCGAUAACCGAGAUCAAAGUGCUCUUCUCGGCGAGCCUACCUCGUCUCGUUUGCCUGGAAUACGUGAAAUACCACGAAACUUUCGAUUGUCAUUUCAAUACCGUGGCCUUCCUGGUCAAACUUGUAGACGUCCUUUGGCCGCAGCGGCCAGCCGUCGACGACGUGGCAGCCGCCAACUCCACAAGCAAUCGGUUCUCCAACUUGGUGCUGCGCUUGUGUUUGUGCAAAUACAAAGCAGUGUGGUCGGAGAUGCUUCGUGUGCUGGAACACCUUGUCGCCUCCACCGAGUUUGUACAGCAGCUCGUUCUCGAGCCACAUCUCCGUGGCGCCAUCGCCCACCUCUCGGCAAAAACCAACCCGGAUGACGUGGCAAAGUGGGCGACCAGCUUGCUCGACCAAGUCGACGCGUACGAGCACCAGCAUCUUGUGAACGUGAUCAAGUUGCCAAAGCUGGAAAUUGAUCUGUCGCUGAGUGAAGCCGUCGCUGUGGCGACGCAACUCAAGACUAGUGGCAACCGGUGGUUCCGAGAAGGCAAUUUCACGGCAGCCCGGGCGUUCUAUCGACUUGGGUUGUCCACGUUGACGGUGUCGGAAUCGUACCAAGCGACACGACCGCCAAAUUCUCCGGUACCCAAGAUUUCAGUGGGCCAGCCUGUCAAGGUGCAGCAAGGCAAGAAGUGGCUCGUGGGGAUGGUCAGCGACGUGAACGGGGGCUAUGCAGACGUGAUGCUGGACAACGGCAGCGAGGCCGACAACGUUCCCGUGCACCUAGUGCACAUUUUACCCGUGGAAACUCCCCAGAUUGCUGACCUUCGGCUGCACCUAUGCUUGAACAGCGCCAAGUGCCUGCAUGCAUUGGGCUCGACUCAAUUUGCCAUCGACUGUCUUACGUAUGCAUUAGCCCAAGCCGUGCCAAACCACAUUCCCGCACUCUACUUGAGAGGCGUGCUUGCGAUGGCAACUAACAACAUUCCGCUCGCGAAAGCCGACUUACAGAAGGCACACCAAUUGGUAUCGAAGACUAAGACGCAUGCCGCGAUGGUGGGUGACAUUCGUACUGCGUGGUCGCGGUUGCAGCUGAUGGUCAAACACCGAAAACGAGCCGACAAGCGCAUGAUCAAAGAGAUGGUGUCAUACUUGAACUCAAUCAACAUUGAAUAGUUGUAGAAUGGAAGUUCUUGCAUGAUGUGCCGAAGGAAGUAAAUGAAAGAUGCGACGUUACUGUUCUUUCUUGGAUUGCUCGUGGACGGGGGACGUCGAGUAGCGUUGAAUGAAAAAGUGCAGAAAAAGAGCAAAGUAACUCGCAUACAUCACAACGCCGAAUAGGAGAUUGGAGUGACUGGCAUGGCACACUGCCGACGAAGGAGACGACGAUGUCGAUAGGAAAAUGACAUUGGCCACGCAGACGGCGACGCCCACCACCAUCUACAGCGCAUCAUGAAUUGUCAUUUCA